AUGAAGAUCAUUAAAACAACAAUUUUAUUUCUGACAACAAUUGCAUACUUUGCAACUUCUGAAACUUCGGUAGCCAAUACUGGUAAUGAGGAAAAUACGAGACUUAUCCCAUCUCAUGAACGUCUACCGCGUAUUUUAUCACCAGAUCAUCAUCCUAAUAGGCAUCCUUUAAUAUUGGAAGACAUGGACUUUCAAAUGAAGAGAGGUUCUAGUGGUGGUCGCUCUUCCGGUGGUCGUGCUUCCAGUGGUAGUUCUUCAAGCGGUAGUAGCAAAGGCGGUAGCAGUAAAGGGGGUAGUGAUUCAUCUAGUGUAUACAGUGGUGAAACUUUAGUCAAUGGAGGUAGCAGUGGUAACACCGGUUCUAAAGGGAAUACUGGAUCCACAAGUAACACUGGUAAUAGAGGUGGUUCAGCGGGAUCUAGUAGUAACACUGGCUCUAGGGGUAGCUCAAGUUCCAACAACAACAAUGGUGCCGUUGCCGGGGCUGGGGCUGGUGCUGCUGCGGGUCUUGCUCUCGGUAGUACUUCCCAUGGGCGUAUUAAUUCCCAUAAUAACUCAACUAGCGGAGCACAGAAAAAUGGUGCUGGUGUAAUCAAAUUUGGUCCUCAAAAAUCAAUUACGCUUCUGAUCCUGAUGGCAACAUGGUUAUUAAAUUACGUAAUGUAA